UACAGUGUCAGAUUUAGUCAAUGAGGAGGUGGUAGUACAAGCGAACUGCUACCGGUCUAUGAGAAAGAGCGAGGAACCGCAUACACUUCAGGUUACAGUGUUUAGGAAGUUAAGGCUUGAGUCCGAAAUCAUACCCUGGUCACUAUUAACGUUACAUCAACAAGCUUUGCUAUAACGUUACUCUCUGGGCUACAUCAUUUGACCAGUGGUCUUCAUGGGCAUUGGGCACUGAUGGAUUUCAGUAGAUUUCUAAUGGUCCCAGACAACUAUGCAUUUUCAAAAUAUCACAUAGGCUAAAGAGUAGCCUAGUAGUGACUAGGAUGUGGUCUCGGACCUACAUAAGUUCAAGUUCAUUUGUUUAUCUGCUGUUGCAGAUGUUUUCAGUUUUUGUGUUCAGUAAAUGCUGAAAUCUUCUGUCAGUGGUGUAAAUGUCUGGCUUCAAGAAGUAAACAUGCUGUAUCUGUUAUAACCAUUAACAUAUUCAUAAUUAGCACAACUUUUUGGCCAGGUUAAUUUAGGUCUAGGUUUAAUGUAGACUUAGCUAAAUAACACCUCAUGGGUAUAAGAAAUACAUAGAAGGAUGUUUUCUUUUUUAAAGCUGGACUUUUCUACCUCUGCUUAUUUUGUAAACUUCCUCUAAAGUGCUUGUCCUCCUUUUAUAGGUGGCACUACAUGCUGUUGGGACACCGGUGGUAUUGAGAGGCUUCUCCUGUUCAUGUGUUGCUGGCCAGGCUUUAUGUAACCAUGUGGUUGCACUGCUUUUUCAAACUGCCAUGGGGUUCAAAACUGUGCCACCACCACUUUCAUGCACUAGUAUGCUUCAGACCUGGCACAGACCCAGAACACAGGGGAUUUGUCCAGAGCCUACCGAUGAACUUGUGGUGCGAAAGCCAAAGCCAAGGGCACCAGGACGAAGCAGUGUGAAAUCUACACUUUAUCCAGCUUACCCAGGACCCCUUCCUGAUCCAGCAGUCCUGUCCAUUGGAGAACAGUUACGAGAGAUCCAACCACAGCCGGGAAUUUGUAAGAUCUUAUGUGGCCUCUCCUGCAUGACAUUUGUGGACUCUAAAUUUGGGCCAGUCCCUAAAGGUUCAGUUCUAUCUUAUCAGUGCCCACCUGUACAAACAAAUGAAGUGAUUAAGCAUCCCGAUGCUCCUUUAUUUCCACAACUUCCAUUGAUUAGCUCUAAAUUAGAACGCCAUCUGCAAUUUGUUCCCACUUAUGAACAGUUUUAUCAUCUAGAGAGUUUAGAGGUCACUCGUGAAUUGGCAUGUGUCAUUGAGGAGAAAACAAGGGGGCAGUCACAAAGUCCUCUGUGGAAGGAAGUUCGGCAGCCCCGCUUAAUGGCAAGCAGAUUUGGGGAAGCAUGCAGUGUUAAAGGGGAGGCAUCCAGUCAGGCUUUAGCAAUCAGGAUUCUGAGGGGGGUACGGCAAACACUGCACAUGAAGAGGGGCAUUGACCUUGAGCCAGAGGUGUUGUUACAGUACAGUGACCAAUGCAAUGUUAAUGUGUAUCCCUCUGGUUUUGUUUUACACACUGAUGCGCCAUAUCUUGGUGCCAGCCCUGAUGCCAAGGUGUAUGACCCAGCAGCAAAUCCCCCUUUUGGGCUAGCUGAAGUCAAAUGCCCAAAUGUUGACAGUGUCACAGAUGUUGCACAUCUUAGAUUCAUUGGUGGUCAGGCUAAACUGAGAAGAAAUCACAAAUACUUCUGGCAAGUCCAGGGUCAGCUAGCCAUAACUGGCUUGUCAUGGUGCGAUUUCAUUACAUCCACAAAAACUGACCUCACAGUGGAGCGAAUUUGGCUUGAUGAGACACUGAUCAUGGAGAUGAAGAAUAAACUUGACCUGUUGUUUUUCAACACAUACAUGGAAACCUAUCUGAAAAUGAAAUCCACAUAGAGUUCACAUACCCACCCCCACCCACUCACCCCCUCUCUAGACAUAGGCACAUCAAGACACUCCGCUGUUUAAAGUAUUUAUUAUAUCUGUUUUAUUUUUUAUUAUAAGGGACGUGUUCACCAUGAACAUGCUGGUGGUUUCCCCACUCCCACCCCCAAACAGGGGAACAUGUUAUUAUAUCUAAAAAUACA